AUGAAGAGGCAAGCUGAAGACGCGGAGCGUCAAAGAUUAGCAGAUGAAGAUCAGUUACGAGUAGAGGCCGCUGCUGCUAAGGCACAAGAAUCUGACAGUGAUGAUCUCGCCGACUGGGAAAAAGCAGCAGACGCCGAAUCAGCAGACGUGAAAGAAAGCUGGGAGGAUGAUGAUGAAGAUGAGGUGCCUUAUCCCUCCAGACCCGCGAAAUCUCCUCUAGACACUACGCCAACUACUAACGGAACAGCUACACUAAGAUCGGGACCAAAAUUGCAGAACAAGGCUGUUGGUGAGUCUGACUUGGCAACUGACGAUUCAGAAGAUGGCACUGCUACGGUUGCGAGUCGAGCUGCUGCCCAUAGGAAAGCCGAGCUGGUUGCUCGCCGAAAGCAGGAGCAUGAGCAAGCCCUGGCCGCAAGAUCUAAGGACAAUCUUAGGUCUCCUAUCUGCUGCAUUCUGGGCCACGUGGAUACGGGGAAAACUAAGCUACUUGACAAGGUGAGGCAAACGAACGUGCAAGAAGGGGAGGCUGGAGGCAUAACACAACAAAUUGGUGCUACGUACUUUCCCGUGGACGCUUUGAAAACCAAGACCGAGGUCGUAAACCAAGACGGCAAGUUUGAAUUCAAAGUUCCCGGUCUUCUGGUCAUUGAUACCCCUGGGCACGAAUCAUUUACGAACCUCAGAUCCAGAGGGUCUUCACUUUGCAAUAUUGCCAUUCUGGUGGUGGACAUCAUGCAUGGGUUAGAGCCUCAAACACUGGAAUCCAUGAGACUAUUACGAGACCGAAAGACUCCAUUCAUUGUCGCACUCAAUAAGAUCGACAGAUUGUACGGAUGGAAGAAGAUCGAUAACAACGGCUUCGUUGACAGCAUCAGUCGCCAAAAUAAGGGGGUGCAGAAUGAAUUUCGCGACCGGCUUGAAAAGACCAAAGUAGCAUUCGCCGAGCAAGGCUUCAACUCCGAACUUUUCACGGAAAACAAGUCAAUGGCUCGGAACGUCUCUCUUGUCCCAACCUCAGCUCACACAGGUGAAGGUGUGCCUGAUUUACUUAAGCUCCUUGUCUCACUGACUCAAGAACGAAUGACGAACCAAUUGAUGUAUCUCUCGGAAGUGGAGUGUACUGUUCUUGAGGUGAAAGUGAUCGAAGGCCUCGGCACCACGAUUGACGUUGUUCUCUCAAAUGGGGUUUUACGUGAAGGGGACCGUAUAGUUCUCUGCGGUCUGAAUGGUGCUAUCUCGACAAAUAUACGUGCUUUACUCACUCCAGCGCCCCUGAAGGAGCUACGGCUCAAGUCCCAGUACAUUCAUAAUCAAGAAUGCAAAGCGUCCCUUGGUGUCAAAAUAGCGGCCAACGACCUCGAAAACGCCAUUGCGGGAUCGCGAUUGCUGGUAGUGACAGAUGCGGAAGAAGAGGAAGAUAUGGAGGAAGAAGUCAUGUCGGAUAUUGAGAAUCUACUUGCACGUGUUUCGAAGACUGGUCGGGGCGUUUCAGUCCAAGCUUCUACGCUGGGAUCGCUCGAAGCCCUGCUAGAAUUCUUGAAGGUGUCCAAGAUUCCGGUGGCUAACAUAUCCAUCGGACCUGUUUACAAACGCGACGUCAUGUCAGCAGGUAUUAUGCUUGAGAAAUCUCCAGAGUAUGCGGUCAUGCUGUGUUUUGACGUCAAAGUCGACAAAGAAGCCCAGGCGUACGCGGACGAGCAAGGUGUCAAGAUCUUCACUGCGGACAUCAUUUAUCACCUCUUUGAUGACUUCACAAAGCACAUGGCACAGCUUGCCGAGCAGAAGAAAGAGGAGAGCAAAUUUCUCGCUGUUUUCCCAUGUGUUCUGCAGCCUAUUGCAGUAUUUAUGAAGAAGGACCCAAUUCUAGUUGGAGCAGAUGUCACGGACGGGAUCUUGAGACUGCACACACCCAUUGCGGCUGUCAAAACAAAUAGCAUUACCGGAGUGAAGGAAGUUGUUAGUGUGGGUAGAGUGACAUCUAUCGAGCGGGAGCACAAAGCAAUACCAUCGGCCAAAAAAGGAUCCCCUUCUGUUGCGGUUAAGAUUGAAGGGCCGAAUCAACCUCUUUAUGGACGUCAUCUUGAAGAAAAGGACACGCUGUAUUCGCUGAUAUCGCGGCAGAGCAUUGAUACACUGAAAGAAUUCUAUCGAAGCGACGUUAGCACUGAUGAGUGGCAUCUGAUAAAAAAGCUGAAGGUCCUGUUCGAUGUCCCUUGA